CUAUAAUUGAGUGAAUGUUAUGCAUYAGACGUCACGCAAUGUUUACAUACAAUAGGUUUACAGUUAUAUCACUAUUAGAUUGAUAUUACAGUUAUUGCCGACAAUUUGACUAAAUCUACAAUAAAUUAGACUAUAAUUGAUAUCAAUUGUUAUAUUAAUUAAAUUAUUUUUUAUAUUUCACACCAAUUGGUCAUAAAGUGAAUCAAUGAAGAUGUCUAUUGAUUUGAUAUCGAGUCGUAAAAUCUUAUAUCCAGGAAGUGGUCAUUUGCCAGACUUCACUGAUGGCACUAAAGUGACAUUUCAUUUCAAAACAGUCAAACAUAGCGAUGACGGCACUCAAGAGGAACAAGUCAUCGAUGAGAGCAAAAAGUCUGGUAAACCUAUGGAACUAAUUAUCGGAAAAAAAUUUAAGUUAAUCCUAUGGGAAGAAUGGAUCAAACAUAUGCGGGUCAAUGAAGUGUCACAAUUAGUGGCCGACAAACUCUUGUGUACUGAUUAUCCGUUUGUCUCAAAGUGCUACCGAAAGUUUGCAAAACAGACAGAUUCACCUCAUGAUUCAAAUGAGGAUCAGAUGCCAUCACAUCAUUGUUGUGGAAUGGCUGUUAAAAGCGGUUUGGGUCACAAAGAUUUAGAUGAUUUAGUGUUACAUCCGAGUCCUCUUAAGUUUACAAUAGAGUUAUUGAAAGUUGAAAAUCCAGAAAAUUAUGAUAAAGAUGUUUGGCAAAUGAGUCCACAAGAAAUGUUAGAUUCAAUCCCUAAGUAUCGCACUGAAGGAAACCGAUUAUACACUAAUGGUUUGUAUUCAGAAGCGGCACAACUUUAUAGCAAAUCUUUGUCUAUUGUGGAACAGUUACUCCUAAGAGAGAAACCGGGAGAUGAAGAUUGGAAACAAUUAGAUGAUAUGAAGAUUCCAUUGUUGUCUAAUCUAUCACAGUGUAAGCUAAUUGAGGAAGAAUAUUAUUUGGUGAUUGAUUUAACAACACAAGUGCUCGACAGAGAGCCAAACAACACGAAAGCAUUAUUCAGAAGAUCAAAAGGUCAUCAAAAAGUAUGGAAUUUAUUGGAAGCCAAACAUGACUUACAACGGAUUUUAACAUUAGAUCCGAGUCUUGAAAAGACUGUUAAACGAGAGUUGAAGAUAAUUCAAGAAUUAGAGAAAAACAGUUAUGAAAAAGAUAUGAAACUCUUAAAGGGAAAGUUGUUUUCAUAA